AUGAAAGCCAUGGCACUGUAUGACAUUCUAUGCCAGAAUGUUGAGAUCGUGAACGGGAAUAAUGUCUGUGAGAAGGUAGAACAGGCCGAACCAGAGGCAAAAAUUCCAUUAGAAUUCAAAUGGCAUCUCGAAACGGAGGAAACAGAGCGGGAAGAGUGCGGGCCGACGGUGCCGGAUUCCAUUGUUGGCAAAUUACCUUUUGCCUUCGGCCAUCAUGUUGUCGAUUCGACGUCUUCCUCCUCCGUGGGACGCCUUCUUCAUCCUCUCGCAGAUGCCUACGUACAGGCUACUCUGGUUGAAGAUUCGCUUGGAAUUAAUCCACUAUUCGAAUGCCUAGACGACAGGAAUCAUGCAGUCAAGGUCUUGGCAGAAUUUCAUCGAAGGACGCCAUUAGAUUCACUUGACCAUUCAGAGACCUUGGAUUGGUUGCAAUGGUCUUCGAAACACCACGAAGGGCUUAUUCUCCCGUUGAUGGCCUUGGGCUUCGCUACAUCUACCAUCGCCGGCCUUAUAAUGCUUCCCGGUAGCCUCGAACAUUAA